AUGGCAGCUGCUUCGGACCCUGGUGCGCCGUCAGAAGGCUCAGGGCCUCCAGUCCCACGAGCACUGGCAGUGGUUGGGUUCCUGGGAAUCUCCGACUAUGGCCUGGGUCAGCUGGAAGUGUUGGCUUCACGGUACGAGGUGGCAUUUGCCACAGCCAAAAAGAAUGCGGUUGCCCACGCUACGGACUUGCACCAGAAGCUGGAGGAUUUCUGCAAAUCCCACGGCAUACCAUACCUUGGCAGCGUGGAUGCGAAUUCACAAAGCAUGGUAGAUCGAGCGAGUCGCACCGAUCUGGUUGUUAUAGGCGGCUACGAUGGCAUUCUCAAGAAGGCCUUCUUGUCAGCUCCGAAGCAUGGCGUUAUCAACACCCACCUCGGGCUACUGCCCCAGAACCGCGGCUGCUGUCCCACGCUUUGGGCUCAGCUCCACGGGCGGCAGCAGGGCUACACCACAUACUUGGUCGGAGAGGCCAUUGACCAUGGGCCCAUCGUCGACAUGUUUGAGGUCCCGGGGCUUGGUGGCCUGAACAAUCGCCAGAUUUACGACGCGCUGGCCCAAGCAGCUGUGCAGCGAUUUCCCGCGGCCUUGGAGCGUUUCGCUGCUGGAGUAGCCCUGGUGCCGUGCCGAGGCCUUGACGUCUACCACACGAAGGGCAUGCCCAAUGAUGGAUGGCUCUCGUUCUACUGGAGCAACGACUUCCUGAUCCUCUUCUCAAAGGCAUUGGACUUUGCGCCAUACCUACCUGGGCGGACACGGCUUGAGGAAGACGGCGAGGCAAUAUCUCUCGCUGUCGAUUCCGCGCGGCCCCUCGACGAGGAUCCCUCCGCCGAGGAGGCGGCAGUGGGUGAAGUCUUGGAGGCCGACGAGGCUCGCGUGCUGGUGCGCAGUCGCUUUGGGAGCCUUUGUUGCCGCCAGCUCACUGGACCCAAAGUGACCAAAGGUGCACUUCUUCGCUCUGGGCGCCCGUACGAGCAGUCUGCAACGUCAGGACCUUGCCGCCAUCCAAUUCCCUUGGACUUCGAUGGUCAGGAGCUGCCGUUCGAGCGCUACCUUUCCGUCACCGGCGUGCAGUAA